AUGGUUCAGACCAAGAUAGCCCCAUCGUUGCCAGAAGUUCAAGCUGCUGCUACGUUUUUGAUUGAUCAAAAUUAUCUAGUGCACAGUUCAGAUGGUUUGUCUUUGGAUGAUGAUAGAGGAUUGCAGAGGUCAGCAGAGCCACUUGAUAAGGGAUAUGUUUCAAAUACAGAGGCUUCUACAGAAUGUACUGAU